AAUGGCCGGCUUCUCGAGUGUUCUUGUGUGUUCAUGGAGAGGGAGCUCCCUCUCUUUUCAACCUUUUUCCCUCUUCUUCCCUUUCCUUCCGUUAGAUGGAAAACAAUGCGAAAGCUUCAGUGCAGGAUUCCUCGAAACACGUCCUCCGAAGUUCAAAAUUUUAUACCCUUUUAUAUGUUGGGUUGGCUCCAUAGUCCAAUUCGCCGACACCAAAAUUUUUUUUCUUUGGAUCGUUAAUUCGUAAAGAAAGGGUAUCCGUCUGCCGAUUGGUUUUGGGGAACUCAAGAAUGGCGAAUGGUAACGAGAAGAACGAAGACUCGUACGCAGUUUUGGGGCUGAAGGAUGAGUGCACAGCUCCCGAGGUCGGGAAUGCAUACAAGAAACUGGCCCUGAGGUGGCACCCGGAUCGUUGUUCUGCGUCGGGAACUUCAGAGUUCGCCGAAGAGGCCAAGGCAAAAUUCCAGGAAAUUCAACAGGCCUACUCCGUUCUAUCCGAUGUGAACAAGAGGUUUCUUUACGACAUUGGAGCCUAUGACAUUGAAGAUGACGAAAAUGUAAGCUCUUGAUACUGUUUCGCAGGGUCUCUCAGUUUGUUUUCUCGCGUACAGUACUUUGUUUAUGUCUCGAGGAUGGCUGGAGAUGUUCUUAUUCCUAAGUUUUGUUCUGGUGCUUUUAGAUUUUAUCUUUAUGGGCAGACCACAAUCUGGAUGAAAUUAUGUCGAGACGCUUUUGAGCUGUA